UUCGAAGGCAAAUAAAAUUGCUAUGAUUGCAAUCCUAUCGUGCCGUUUACUUAAUAUGACAGUAGUAGGAUGAAUAUAUGCAUACUCUUUGUACAUAUGUGUACAAGAAUUUCAGCAAAAAAUGCUUGUAGUGCUGGGUUUUAUGUGAUUGAAUUUGGAAAACUGAAAACCACAAUAAAAGUCGAAGUAGAAUUCAGAGGACUCGUUUUGUUCAGUGCGUUAAGUUUUGGUACUUUGAAUUUGAAGUGGAAUAAAUGACUUUAUUUCACAACUUAAAUAAUAUGUGUACUAAUUAUCAUAUUGUAUAUGCCCAACAAUUUUAAAAAUAAUGAAUUACUGAUAUAGUAAAUGAAAAAGUAUCUUAAGGAGUUUAAUUCCAUCUGCACAUAAAAUGUCUAUACCUGGAAUAUGCAACCGAAAGCAAAUUGUAUGCAAAUCGAUGUAAGAUGUCAUGAAAACUGGUCUUAAAUUCAAUUAAGUUGGAUAUUAGACAUAUAUAUUGGAUAAUAUUUUGGAUAUUUAAAGUUGUAAAUUAAAGCAAAAAGUUCCAAAUGUUCCAUAAUUAAAUUUUAAUAAAUCUGUACCUUUUACAAAUUGGUGUCGCAAAGCAGGAAAUCCAGAAUGAGGUGUUUCGCAGUUCUUUUAAUUUGUAUGUAUACAUACCAAAAUAAUUGUGUUGAAGUACAUUUUGAAGCAGCUGAUAGUGGAUUUUUUCUAAAGCAUCCCCAACAGGGACCAGUGGCGCCAGAAAUUACUCAAAUGGUCGCAAAUCAACCGGUUAAAGCUAAACUUCCGUUCGAUUCAAUUUUAUCUAUUGACAGAUUCACCGUCGUACAAUCAGCUCAGCCCGUUUCAAUAAGAGCUAGUUAUGGACCCUUUUCUACUAAACAAACCGUUCCUGCUCGAUACAUUGUACCAGAAAUUGAAAACCAAGGCGAAAUAAUAACCAACACGACAUUAGCACUUAUCGAACUGCAACAAGCAAACGUGCAUUUAGAUAUAUCUGCCCAUUUAGUUCGCACAACUGUACCACAAGAUUCACCAGUUUUAAGGGUAUUAUUCCAUGCAGGAGCUGAUCCCGGAGGUCACUUGCAAAGACAAAAAAUUUGUGUAUUGUUACAUGUGUCAAUGGGGUCGCAAGUGGCAUUAAAAGGACGCUGCAUGCCAGAAGGGGAGGAUGGUGUUUGCGUUGCAGAGGUUGUAAUACCAUCAUAUUGGUGGCCUUCGGUUCCUCCUACUAAAGGGAGCCAAAGUAGUAUGCCACAAAAAGUUCCACAAAAGUUUGCACAAGUAUCAUACAGUGUAUUUGAACCACCGAUACGCAGUGCAGAACAAUGUGAACCCAAAGUACAAAUACAACCUCUAACUGUGUUUGCACAAGUGCCCCUCGUUUCAGCAACUGCACCUUUUAAAAUUCUAUAUUCAGAUGAAUUUCUUAAAAUAAUGAUACCGCAAUAUCCGUUAUAUCCAAUGUCAAAAAUUCAUGUUCCUGUUUAUCUUCGGGAAACCUCAAAUCAAAAAGUAUCUGCUUUUACUGUAAAAGCACGUGUAAAAUCUGGUAUAAAAAUCUUGGGAGCUUCCAUUACGUCUGACUUAUGGAAUAUAUCAAUUGAAAAGGAAAACCAAAAGCAUAUUACGGUUAGAGUUAUGGCCGUACAAAAAGAACACAAUUUAAAUUCUGGUGAGAAAUUGGAAUAUGAUAACAGCUCUAAUAAUAUCUUUGAAGUAUUUUCGUGGUUGUUAGAAGUUGCAGAGGAUACAAAAGAAACUUUAGAUAGAGGGAAAAUCGUCUGGUCUAUAUCUUACAUUUUUUACCAUUCCAAAGUAAAAGAGCCAGCAACAUUACUAUCAGAUGAAAGUAAAAGAAAAUUAAUUUCAAAACUUGAAAUAAAUAAGGAUGAUAUACAAGCUGUACUUCCAAUGGCUAAGAACUGGGAAUUAAUGAACACAGCAGUCCUAACAGGUCGACAAGUAGCACAAGCUAUGAAAGUCUUUAUCGUGUCUCAAGCUGGAAAAGUAGCUGAUGUAACAUUACAAAGUUCAUGUUUUGCGGAAGAUGAAAGUGUUAUAAAGGUUUCUUCAUCGUGCAGCUCUGUAUAUGUGGAUGGUUCUGAGAUUAGAGGUUCCUCAAAUGCAUCGGUUAUUGUUAAAUAUGGCACAUAUAUUGGUUUGGCGAAAUUUAUUGUUUGGAUGCCAGAGUUUCCACUUGAAGUUUAUGUAGAAGAUAUUAGACUUUCCCAAAUAAAAGGUUGGAAAGUAAUAGAUGACAGUCAUUAUGCGUGUUAUCUCCUAUAACUGGACGUACAAUUGGUGCAAAAGAAAUUCGUGUCGGAAGUGAUAAAGUUGGUUUAUCCAAGCUUAUUGUUAACGUAGUAUCAGGACUGCAAUUGACAAUUACACCAGAUAAUGCCGUUGAAAACGGAUACAUUGCAGAAACUUCUGUGACACAUAAGCUAACUGCACAAUAUCAAGAAGGACUAUUAGAUAUAGAUUUAGAAUACAUGGAUGGUUCAAAAACCCCACUUAGAGAUAUUUCAGUUGAGGAUUAUUUUCUUUUAGUGGAAAGUUUGGAUACUGAAGUUGUUGCAUUUGCACCAAUGUUAGCUUCACACCACCCACGUGUAAUUGCUGUAGGGGAAGGAAAUGGUUAUCUAUUAAGAGUUACUCUUCUACUGUCUGAAGAUUGCCGUACUAAGAAAAAUGGUGUAUCUUCUAAAUCAAUUAAAAGUUCAGCUACACCAUUAAUUUCUUCUCUUGCUUCAGUUGAAGUAGAUUUCAGUAACAUUGAAAGCGUUACAAAACAUGAACCAAUUCAAAAUGAUGGCGCAAUUGGAAGAGACCGACAAAGUGUACGAAAUAGCGAUGACCUCACAGAUAUAAUAGUUGGUAUUCCAUUAGGAGAUGGGACGCAUUAUCACAAUCCUAAUAUGCAACCUAAACAGCAUCGGGGAAACAUAUAUAAUUCUAAAUUUUACAAUGUACAAAAGAAUCGAAAUAUAACCUCUAUGGAAAUUGGAAUGUAUGUUUUACUUACUGCAUUUUGCUUUGCUAUUGUUGUUUUCGUUAUAUCGUGUGUAGUAUAUGCAUCAAAGUUUAGACCAUCAGUUGUUGAAUCCAAUCUAGAUACAGUACAAGGAAAAAAAAUUACUGACAGCAGACUCUUAAAAGAAUCAGCUUUCACUAAAGAACCAACAACCAAUGCUCAUGACUGGGUAUGGCUUGGCAGGUCAACCAUGGACAGAUCGUCAAUAAUAACUAAUUCUCAUGCAACUCCAAAUGUUAAAGAUUUGCGCAUAAGAAUAACUACUAAUCCAAUUAAUAACUAUUCUGACAACGGUAAUACAAGAAAUUUAACUUCUUUAAACAGUAUAAAAGGGCAGCCUGAAUUUGCAAAGAUCACUCAUUGUAAAGAAAUUGGUGCAAAAACAAAAAGUAUGGUUGAUUACCGUCCGCCUGUACCUCCACAUCGCAAUAUUGAAGUUUGUGCUUCAGUUAACAAUACGACUCAAAGUACAAAUAUUAACAGUUGUGUAGGCGAACAUUAUGGGCAAAAACUUAAUGCUGAGGAAGUAUAUAAUCGCAGUGAAAGCAAUUCAUUUCUUAACAUGACCUCUAUCGAGCAGUGUGAAAGUAAUUGCUGCAAAAAACCGACAAAUUUAUUUCAGUUUUCCCCACAAGCUAUUACAUCUGUGGACAAUAACAAUAAAAACUGCAAUUACAAGGAAUUACAUAAUGCAGAAAAACUUUUGGUAGAUUCCAGUCAACUCGAAAUAAACAUUUUUCAGUUUGAUUCUCUUACAUCGAAAAAUAAGUCAAUUAAAUGUAUUGAAAACAUAGAUGUGCAAAGUCGGAUCAAACAACAGCAAAUUACAGAUAAAAUUUAUAAGGACGCUCUUACAAAUGAAUGCAUGCUAGUUAAUGGAAAUUCUAAUACAAAAAAGAUUAAACGAGCUACUAUUGUUGGAAAUCCUAUGUUUUCUACAAUAAACGAUAGUGAUUAUGAACAAAAACCAUGUUUAGGACUUGACGAUUUAGAAAUGGAUUAUGAACAAAUUAUGCAUUAUUUCGAAAAUUUAAAGGAAUCUAAUGCCUGAGCACAGAACAUCACUGAAUUUCAUCAUUUGAAUAUGCAGUAGCAGCGAAUUUUGAUAUUUUCAUUACAUCAGAGGACGAUAUUUAAGUAAUUUUACUAUUGCAUUUUAUAAUUGCUCUUACCAAAUUAAUAUCGUAGCAUAAAAAUUACUACAUAUUUAUUAAAACAUAUGUAUGUAUAAAAUAUAUUUAUACAUA